AUGGCCUCCGCGGGGGCCACCGGCGCCUCAGUGACUGAGCUCGCCUCUAAGCUCUACGAGCAUUGCCUGAACAACUACCCUCCUGAUCAACUGUUCUACCAGCAGGACCUGCUUGGUCUGGGCAUAGUCCCCAAGUCGGACCUUGCGCUUCUGCUACGAUGCACCCAAUCGCUCGUUGACCAGAAAUUGUUUCGCCUUCUUCAGGGCAAAAAUGACCGAUUGGCUUGGAAGAUUAUCUCACGGGAAGAUGCUGAAAAACUUCAGAACCUGAGCCCGGACGAAAGUUUGGUAUACAAUGUGAUCCACUCCACUGGUCGCAACGGUAUCUGGGUUCGUGCGAUCGGAACUCGAACCGGUUUACAUAAGUCUAUCUUAGACCGCUGCCUUAAAUCUUUGGAGGGAAAGAACUAUAUUAAGAGCGUGCACAAUGUCAAAUUCCCAAGUCGGAAAAUGUACAUGCUGGCGGGCCUCGCCCCCAGUGAGGAUGUUACCGGUGGCGCCUGGUUCACUGACGGAGUCCUCGAUGAGAACUUCAUAAACACUGUCGCUGGGUAUAUCGAGUAUACAGUGAGCAGAAAGAGUUGGUUUGAAGUUUCAAAUGCAGACGCGCACCGAACCAAGCGCAUGAAAACUAGCGAUGGUGCAGUUAAUGAGAGUGGCAUUACCCCUGUUCGUCUGGGUGAAGAGAGUAUUACACAACUUCUUGAUAUGCUCUGCUACGACGGUAAGCUGGUGGCCUUGAACAACGGGGAGAUGUACAAGUCGGUCAAGAACCCAGAAGCUGUUAAGCAGUCGCAAGCCCGCAAGCCCGCAGGCGAAGAUAAGGGAAUCGACGACCGGCUGGUAACCAACGGCAUGACAGAGGCACCUUGCGGUACCUGCCCAGUCUUUAAGCUUUGUGCGCCUGGAGGAGCUGUGAGCCCAGAGAGCUGCGAAUACUUUGACCCCUGGCUGGAAAAGGCUCUCGGGUUUUAG